AUCAAAUAGGCCUCCAUUUCAAAAUAAUUAACGGCAUAACACCAGUCACGUGACUACCCGAGCACACUCUAGCACCACCGCCGCCAAAACACCGGUCACUGCACCCCCUUCCAAACCAUCUCAACGAGCUGAGCAAACCACCAACUCCCUUCUCUCUCUCCGUUUAGGUUUCGGCUCAAAUUUUACAGUUCCAGUUCUCAUUUGUCCUUACAUUCCAAGUAACGCUGCCGCCGCCAUUGAUUAGGUAUUUUAUUUCUUCAAUUCGCAGUUGCUUCCUUUCUCAGAUCAUCUCUGUAAUAUGGAUUUUCGAACUGUAUUAAAUUGAAAAUUUGUGCAAUAACUCAUGUACUAUUUCCAGUUUUUGAUAGUAUGUGUUCUACACGUAGAAAUUGCUUGAAAUUUAUUUUCUCAACCAGAAAUUCGACCAAUCCGAAAAGCCCCACAAACCCAUUUCCCCAUUUUUUUGCAAACUCAAGAAGCUUCUCUAAGUAUGCAAUUCCCAUUAGUCUCAUCACUUUGAAGCAUAUGUGCUUUUUGAAUCAUACCCAAGUUAGCCCAUGUCCCCAACUACCUUCAAAGCAAAUUCUGUGCCUUUCAUUGUAUUCUUUAUACUCUACUAAAGCCCCGUCGAGAUCUUUUCGAAGGAGAGAGAGUAAGAGGUCAAAAUUGAAUUCAAAACCCACACUUGAUGAAGCCCAAUUUCAACGUGCAGUGUCCCAACUUCCGCCGAGAUUCACUGCCGAAGAGCUUUGCAAUGUCAUAACCUUUAUAGAGGAUCCUAUAGUGUGUUUGGAGCUAUUCAAUUGGGCGUCGCAACAACAUAGAUUUAGACAUGAUGUUUGCACUUAUCAUGUUACAAUAAAGAAGCUUGGUGCAGCAAGAAUGUAUGAAGAAAUGGAUGAUGUUGUAAACCAAGUGCUUGCUGUUCAAUGUGUUGGUUCAGAGGCUCUUUACAAUACCAUUAUCUAUUUUUUCACAGAGGCCCGGAGGCUGACUCGAGCUGUCAAUAUUUUUAAUCACAUGAAAAAUAGCAGAAAUUUGGAUUGUAGGCCUUCAAUUAGAACCUAUAAUCUUCUUUUCGCAGCGUUUUUGAGUCGAGGAAAUAAUUCUUAUAUAAACCACAUGUAUAUGGAGACUAUUAGGUGCUUGUUUAGACAGAUGGUCAAUGAUGGGAUUCAACCUGAUAUUUUUACUUUGAACUCUAUGAUAAAGGGCUAUGUACUUUCUCUUCAUGUUAAUGAUGCUCUAAGGGUAUUUCAUCAGAUGGAUGUGGUGUAUAAGUGUUUGCCCAACUCGUUUUCGUAUGAUUAUUUGAUCCAUGGGUUGUGUGCACAAGGCCGAACAAACAAUGCCAAGCAGUUGUGUGAUGAGAUGAAGCAAAAAGGCUUUAUUCCUAGUAAUAAAUCGUACAACUCGCUUGUGAAUGCAUUGGCUCUAGGUGGAGAGGUUGACGAGGCAGUGAGGUACCUGUGGGAGAUGAUUGAAAAGCGGAGGUCAGCUGAUUUUAUUACUUGCAGGACUGUCUUGGAUGAGAUCUGCAGACAAGGAAAGGUUGGAGAGGCCAUGAGGUUGUUGAAGGAGCUUCAAGAAAAAGACAUUGUGGAUGGGUAUACUUACAGGAAGCUUCUAUAUGUGCUUGAAGAUGACUUUGGAAAUUCAACUGAUAAAAAUCAGUUUGGGUACUGAGUAUUGGAGAUAUUUCAUCAUUAUAUAAGGUUUAUCUUACUUCUUUGAAUCAAGAGUUGGCUCUCUGUAAUUGCUUUGAGAUUAUCUUUGAACAAGUCUGCUAGUAUUAGAUGUGCAGUGUAAGAGGUUGUGUGUGGCUAAGCUGCUGGUGCAGAACUUUGUUAAAUCCUCCCUCUUGCAUAAAUGCAAAUGGAAAAUUGGGAACUAAAAGCCAAAAGCACAAUCUUCAGUUUAUUUAUUUAAGGUUAGAUAAUUUGUUUUCCA